GGACAUCCUUUCUCGACAAUGUGGGUCACUAGAUUACAACCAUGGGUGGCUGAGUGGGAUGAUGCAGGCGAGCAGUUGGCUGAGGAUACCGGUCCACACACUGAGCCUUCAUUUUAGGCGUACCUGACCUGGUACGAACCGAAGACUCGUUGCCGUUUGACGUAUGUUGACAUGCAUCCACAGCUGCAUGUUGCGACUUCGCAGGAUCGCUAUGCACGACACAGGGAUGAGGCAUUAGCUGGGGCGUUCGAGGCCUGUAGGUUGCUUGAAUUAGAUUACUCACUGAAUGUAACGAGGAUUCAUGGCGGGUCUACGAUGAGCAUGCCGGCACAACUCGAGGCCUGGACUGCUCAACGUGAUAGAGCCCGAGGCAUCCUUCAGGUCUGUGGUACGCGGACGGAGUACGAGGAUUCCUACGGAUCGUCGCAAGCGUCGACGUCGGUUCCUUGUGGUCCCGCAUGGCAGCAGCCUCCCUUAUACCACCGACAGUACGAAGGAUCACAACAGUUCACCAGAGCGGGGCCGUCUUUGUAUCACCCUAUGCCGCCACCAGGAGGAUAUGAAGGAGCUUCUUCCUAUCCACCACCACCACCACCUGAAACACAGGGGUGGUCUGAAGACAACGACGCGGCCUCCUUCGAAGACUUUACAUGGUUGUUUGCUACGCCUGCCCAGGACAAUGAUCCCAGCUUGCAUACACCUGUGGCUUUGUUAUGCCAUCCUGCCAGAGACGUGAGGCCACCGGACCGUCAUAGCUACCCUACAUAUCACGUACACGCACAACAUAAGAGAGGUCGAAUGGUAGAGGUGGUUAGUUGUUGGCACUUGUUUCUCUAUUGUUAUUAUGGACUGUUUCGACUGUUCGGAUUAUGGUUGUUUAUGAUUGUGAUAGUUUACUUGUCAUUUGUUUCUAUAGAUAUUAUUGAUGUGAACUUGUUAUGUUUGUGGGUUCCAUAAUGCUCGUGAAAUAAGAGAAGUUCUUGCGAAUUUUUUCCGUGA